CGAUGUGAGGAGAUGUAUUUUGGGGUCUCCCAUCCUGGGGGGCAGUUAUGAGCUGUGGGGGGGCGAUGAAGGAGAGGAGGAGGGGGAUGAUGGACCCGGCCACCACUAAACCCCUCACCCCAUUCAGUAUAGAGGAUAUCCUGAGCCGACCGACAUCCAGGAGGACCCCGAACUGCCAGGGGGCCCCCCAACCGGCACAUAAGGGGCCCCCCCGACCCGGAGCGCUCCCCCAAUCCUCCCCCCUCUGUGCAUUGGAGGAACUGGCCAGCAAGACUUUCCAGGGACUGGAGGUGACUGUGCUGCAGGCGGCAGAAGGGCGCGAGCCGCUCGGCUCAUUUGGACACCGGCCGACUUCUAAGAAGAGACGCAAGUCGCGGACGGCCUUCACCAACCAUCAGAUCUAUGAACUGGAGAAGCGUUUUCUCUACCAGAAGUACUUGUCCCCCGCGGACCGGGACCACAUCGCCCAGCAGCUGGGACUCAGCAACGCCCAGGUGAUCACCUGGUUUCAGAACCGGCGGGCCAAGCUAAAAAGGGACCUGGAGGAGAUGAAGGCCGAUGUAGAGUCCCUGAAGAAGAUCCCUCCUCAUGCUCUGGAGAAACUGGUCUCCAUGCCGGAGGUUGGGGUGGGAGACGAGGACGAGGAGGCCAUAGGAAGAGGAUGUUCUCCAACCUCACAAGGACUUUACCUCCAUUCUCCUCGGGGUUCCUCCAUGGAGCGCACAGCCGAUGAGUUCUCAGAAGAAGAAGAAGAAAUUGAGGUGGACAUUUAGGGGGGAGGGUACUCGUGAUACGGGACAGCAUUGAAUCUUCUGUUGGGGGAGGGCUAAGGUGCAGUCCCAUCAGUAACCUGGAAGGAAACACAAUCGCCCAUCAAUUACUAUGACCACCAGGUCCAUGACCUAUGACCUAUGGUCUAUGACCACCAGGGGGCACACCGGCGAGUUCCUAGUCCAUGGACAAUUGGGGCGUCUCAAGUCCUGAGAAUUACACCCGGAGAGAUAAGAGCUCAGAAUAGGCAAAAACCCCUUCCACCAGUAAUGAGGUCCUGGUAUAAAUCUCGGGUGUCCGGCAUUGGCUGAGUAUAACGGGGGGAGGGGCUUCGUUAUCUGAUUGACCUUUAGAUCUAUAGAAUGAAUAACACUUAUAUGUGAGCUGUUGGUGCUGCCCCCCCCCCCCCCCGAUUGUUUAUAUGGAAUAGAAAAUCCAUCAAGGGUUUUUUUAGCAGCAAAAAAGUAUAUUUUACUUGAAUAGCAAUCAAUAUUUGUAAAACGUUUCACAUGAUAUCCCUACGCAUUACGACCUAAUUAUUGGUCUUCUUCAGGGGUUGUUUUUAUGAGAAAAAAGAGAAAUACUCUCUGAAGAAGGCCAAUAAUUAGAAAGGUCGAAACACGUAGGGAUAUCAAGUGUAGGGAUUACAUAAAACCCAUGGUAUUAGCGUAGAGUGUCACAUGAUAUCACUACGUGUUUCUACCUAAUUAUUGGUCUUCUUCAGGGGAGAAAUACACGCAUUGAUAAAAACACCCCUGAAGAAGGCCAAUAAUUAGAAAGGUCGAAACA